AUGGAGGGCCCAGGCGCCUCAAUGGAUGCCCCGCCGCCACCCUCUGGUCUGGGCAACUUUAAGGGAGUGAUGUUGUGCAAUCGUCCCAGCGAUGAAGUGAAGGCUGGUGCCGGUGAGGAUCCCAUGCCAUUUAGGUCCAUGGUCGCGCCGAAUCAGGAGGUGGGUCUGACGCCUCUGCGGAACUUCGAGCCGACCGUGAAGAAGCGGGGUCCCAGUGCUGCUCUCCGUAGACAUGUGCGAUGGCUCCGAGAGCUGCAAGAACAGAUGAGGGAAGACCGGCACCAGGUUGAGCAGGAGGAGCAGGACGAAGAAACCAAGAGGAUAAAGCUCAAAGCAGCCUUUGACAAGCACAGAGAAGCGGUGCGUGGGAUGAUGAAAGAGCGCGACGACAAACGAAGAGAGGACGAAUCUGCGGCCAGAGCUGAAAAAGCGGCCAAGGUUGCAGAGGCCAAGGCGGCAGCAGCUGCACAGCCCACAAUCUCACAGAUUGCGCAUGCCGCUGUGGCUGCCGUCGAGGGCAACACGGGCCAGGUUCCCGUCAAGGCGCAGGCCGCGAAGCCGCUUUGGGCCAUGACUGCGCAGGAAAAAGACAAAUUUGAGGAAGAGGAAGCCGACGACCUCAUUAACUUCGUGGAGGGGUUAAACUUCGACAAAUAUGUUGGAGAUCUGGAGUUUCGGCAAGCCUUGGGUGCGCUCAAAGAUCGCACCGGAAAGUUGAAGAAAGAGCAAGAAGCGUUCAAGGAUGAGCUCCUUGCAAGCUUCAAUGCGAGCCUAGACGUGGACGAUGAGUACGAGGAAAGCACAGCAGCUGGAAGCUCAAAGUUGGAGGACGGUGUCGAUGGGCAGAGCCUGUUGGGGGACCUUCGCAGUGAGUACAGCGUGGCAUCCAGCAGACGGUCGAGGAAUAAAGAAGCCCGGGAGAAUGCCCAAAAGGAAUGGGACAGCUCGACUGUAGCUGGGGAGGACCGGCCCGCCGUGGACCCAGACGUCAAGGACCUGGCAGAGGUGGUGAUGGAACAGAACCCCAAGUUCCGGGCCAUUCACUCCAAGGACUCUGUCCAGAAGAUCAUAGAAAAGGUACGUUCAACUCAGGCGGUGGACGUACCUUUAGUGGACCACAUGCGGCUGGAAGGCUGGACGCUGUGGUUAUGUCAGCCGCACUCAACUUCAGCAUCUAUCCGAGGCCCAUGCCCGGUUCCUGUUAUCACGGCCUCCUCUGACACGCAAAAUCGGCUCCACAAGCCGGCGGAGCUCUCAAAAAACGUCCAAAGCCUGCUUGCGUCGCCGCUUGCCAUCGUCCUCAGGUUGAUCCGUCAAUGCUUCCUUAUCUGUACCGUUCACCAGCCAUAUGAGUACCAGUGCCAGGACCUGGGCUGCAGGUUUGAGCUGUGUGCUGUUCACUUCAGCGGGCAGAAGCCCGCCUGCGCACAUUCAGCGAAACGGCAUGCGGCAAGCAGCAAGCAGCUUCCGCGUUUUCACGGAUUGCACCUGGCCACCUGGCCCCUGCUUGGAGGACUCAUGGCGAAGGCUAGCCGCUGCGCGCGAAGCGUCGCUGGGCUCAGCAUGCUGACCUGCACUGGUGACAGCAAAGGGUCGCUGUCGCUUGAGGUGCAUUCCUUCGGGUGUAAGUCAGUCGUUACACUGGACUUACUGGACAUUUUUCGAGGUUGCGAGUUUGAGCGCCCUUUCUUGUCACCUGCGGCCAUCCUGGCCGUGGUGGUGACAGCAGUCUUGCGCGAGAUAGUGAGAAAGGCUGACAGCGUGCUGUACAAGGCCACUGUUCGGCUCUUGGACAAUGAGCCGAACGUCGCCGUUCAGGUCCUGUGGAGAGGCGCCGAGCUCAACUUACUGCGCUCGCGCGAGGAACCUGUCGAACGCUUUCUGCAGCGAUUAGCCUUGAGCUGCAGCAAGCAAGCGAAUCGUCUUCUUGGCGGCCCGGACAAGAAGAAGGCCAAGAAGGAGAGCCAGCAGAAGCAGAAGAAGACUCAGCAAGCGGCAUCAGCUGAGGCUGGCGCUGGCACGCAGUCUGCCAGUUCUGUGUCUGUUGCCCUCUACGAUGCGAACGAAGAGAAGGUGGCCGUGGGCACACCGGUUUCCGAGGCUCUUCGCCGUGCUUCGCACGUGCUGAUCGAGGGCGAGCGGUUGCCGAUCAGUGUGAACCCGCCCGCCGUGUCGAAGCUCGAGGUGUUUGGCCGCGCCCUGGCGGGUUGUCCGUUGUCUGCAAUACUUCGCUGUGAGUUUUGUGACGCAUCAGCGUUCACGCUGCGUUGGCUCACCCAGGUUGCGGCCGGUGCAUCUGGGAAUGUUCAAGUUGGCCUCGGCAACAUCUUUUGGGUACCUGAGGCCGCGAAAGGUCGAACUCUGCAUGUGGAGGCUGAGCCUCAUCCGAGCGUUCCAAGCACAUCGCGCUCCAAAGGUUCUGUGCGCGUUGGAAUUGUGGAGGAGGUCCCUCGAGGAUGGCCUGAACAAAGAGUUCAGGCCUUUGGCAAGAGAUCUGCAAAUACAUCCACCAUUCGAGUGGUCAGUUUCAACAUCCUCGCGGUUCCCUAUGCCAGAACACAGUUGGCAACACAAAUCAUGUACCCUUAUUGCCCAUCUCAAAUCUUGGACUAUGCGUAUCGACAGCCUCUGCUAGGCAGAGAAAUUCAGCGGUUGGACGGAGAUAUCGUCUUCCUGCAGGAAUGCACAUAUUUCACUUACCUGAAGUUCUUUCAGCCGUUAUUUGGCGACAGGUAUCACCUACGCUGUUCCCUCAAAGCAAGCCACGUCUCUGAGGGUUGCUUGGUGAUGGUCCGCAAGGAGUCGUUUGAGGUGCUCCAAGAGAAGGACUGUUUGUUCAGGAACCUGUUGCGAACCAGCCAAGCUUUUCGCCCGCAGCUCCGUGAAGUGGCUGCCAAGUGGCCGGAUUUCUUGGCAGGCAUUCUGCCAAGGAUGUCAACGGUCUUCCAGCUGACAGUCGUGAGGCACAAGGCAACUGGCAGAGUACUGGUGCUCUCCAACACGCACUUGUUCUACCACCCCAAUGCCAGGCAUAUUCGUCUUCUGCAGAUCAUGUGCCUGCUACAUGAAGUACAGGCGUUGCGCGAGCAGCACAAAGAUGCAGAAGGUCGACUUCCCCACGUGAUCUUUGCUGGUGACUUGAACUGCUUGCCGGAGACUGGCGCAGUGCAGCUGCUGCUCAACGGCGAGGUUGCUAGUGACCACGAGGACUGGGAAACAUCUUCCCAGUUCGCCUGGCGAGAUGAAGAGGUUUCAGCUGACGCUGGAGAGGCUGAGGAGGUUCCAAGAACAUCGGUGCCCUCCAUGGAGGCUGACGAGUCCGAUGUUGUGGAGCCCUUGGGGAGGGAAGCUUGGCAGAAGGGCAGCGGAAUUGCUCUGCGCAAUCCACUUGGCGCGCUGGUGGAUGUGUACGCAAAUUCUCCGCAGAAGUUCACGAACUAUGUGCACGACUUCAGCGGCAUUCUGGACUACAUCCUCACCGAUGACCACUUGCUGUCGACGAAGUGUUUGCUGGCACCUGCCGAAAAGGAUGUGGAGGUCCACGGUGGCCUUCCCAGUGAGCUGCAUCCAAGUGAUCAUCUUUCCAUCGCCGCCGACCUGACGUUCAGGACCAGCUAA